AUGACGGGGCGGAGCGUGAUCAACUUCGGACGCAUCGUCGCGAAGCGCGUGAAGAACAACCUGUUCGGGGGGAAGAACGUCAACACCGGGAACAUGAUCUCCGAGGACGGCGGGAACAAGUGCGCGACGACGCGCGCGCGUCCCGCGUCGACCCCGUCGCACGAUCCGAUCCUAAACCCCCCGUCCUCUCUCCGUCCUCUCUCCGUCCGUCGACGUCGUCUCGCUAGGGUUCCCUCUCGUCGUUCGCCUCGCCUCGCCGACCACGCUCCCUCCCUCCCUCCAUCCUUUCCCCUAAACCCCAGGACGCGACGGCGAUGGAAACCCAACGCGCAGCGCAAGCGCCUCUACAGCGAAGCUCUGGACGAGCUCGUCCGGGUGAACGUCACAACGUACGCGCUGCGCUGGAUCGACAAAGCCGGAGGACUGGACGCGUAUUUGCUCAACACGACGCCGCAAAAGCUGAUGAGCUACAAGGCGUUGGAGCUCCGGAAGCGCGUGCUGGACGCGAAGGGGAUCAAGGAGAGCGAGUGGAAGCGGCCGCCGGGGGGGUUGGGGGGGAUUCGACCGCCGCGGAGUCAGAGAGAGGCGGACGCGGCGGCGGCGGCGGCGGCGGACGCGAACGCGUAA